GUCCAACGCGUACCAUAGUAAUGCGUCAUGGCUCAUUCGCUAGCGAAGUCACAUACCUCUGUCUUUUCUCUUCCCUUCUCUUCAUGUCUGCCUUGACUUAUUCUCAUUUCCACUUUUUCAAGCAUCAAAUCAAUUGCAUAUAUAAUUCCAACGACCAACAUCUCCUUGUAUUUUGAUCAACUAGAACGCAUAAUCAAACAUCUCUCUUAAAAUGUUCCGCACCACCUUGACCAGGUCGUCCACGCGUCUCCGCCUACAUGUUCCCUCCGCCCGUACUUUCUCCCUCUCAACCCCCAACCGCGUAGCCCAGUACCCCAACGACCUAAGCACAAACUCAGAAACCAAAACCGAUCUCUAUGACAGCGAUAAACCGCAUGCAGUUCAGGACAAGGUUCGCCAAGGCGAUACGCAUAAUGUGCACGAGAGCAAUGCAAAGGCUGGCAUGGACAGCGCGCACAAGGAUGGUAAAGGCGGUCAUGCGACUGAGCGGAAGGAUUCGGCGGGAGGGAAGACGACGGCGAAGAAGGAGUUUCCUGAGGCACCCGAUCCGGCGAUUGGGAUGCAGGACGAGAGGGGUGGACGGGGUGGUUGAGCUGGGCUGGGUAUGAGA